AGACUUGGAGCUCAUUUACGCAAUGGCUUUGUAGGAACGGAGCAGGAUUUUGAAGUGGCAAAAAUCAUAUCUCAUGACAGCCAUCACGUUCCUGUUGCAAAUGCUUAUGAUAUCGCCAUGGUAAAACUUAAGAGGCCUGCAAGAUUAGACAGAGCUGUUAAUCUGGCAUGUUUACCGCAGUCAGGAGGAAGAGUCAAAAAUCGGAAGAUGUGUUGGGUAACAGGUAUGCUUGAGGAAAAGAAUAUUAAGGCUGGCUGGGGAGAGAUUAUUGUAAAAUCUGUCAGCGAAAUUAUUUUCGGCUUUGCCGCAAGAUUUCACAAAGGGUUUGGUUUCUUUUACUGAGUUUUGUACUUAAGCUCGUUUUAGAGUGUUGUAUACUAUAAAUUUAAAGUUUUUUGGCUGUUAAGUUUUUUUUGACGUUUGUAUAAUGGCACCCUUAUCAUACUAGGGUUCGGAAAGCUGUCAUCAGGUGGGCCAUACGCUACUGCCCUUAUGCAAGUCGAAGUUCCGAUUGUAUCAGAUAACAAAUGUGCUGCCAGUUAUGGUUCAGGCCUUCAUGAAUCCAUGAUUUGCGCUGGAUAUAAAGAGGGAGGAAAGGAUUCCUGCCAAGCAGAUUCAGGUGGACCACUUGUCUGUGAGAGAAAUGGACAGUUUGUUCUCGAGGGCGUGGUAUCGUGGGGUCACGGAUGUGCCUGGCCUAAGAAAUAUGGGGUCUACGCUAAUGUGCGCUUCUUAAAGCAAUGGAUUGAUGAUACCAUGAAAAAUAAUUAA